CACAUCUCUCCUCCGCAGGCGUUGUGGGCGGCCCUGGGCGUGGCGUGGGCGGGGUACGACGAGCACACGACGUGCGGGAGCGGAGGCGGGCGGUAUGGGCGCCAGUUCCGCUUCCAUCCCGAGCUGCCCUGUGAUCUCUCCAAGGAGGCUUGGUGCACCGCCCCGGGAAACCAGUACCCGUGGAGCUCCGUGCGCAGGUUCGUGUACGAGAACCAGGGCCUGAUGAAGCGCAUGUACGGCAACCAGAGGCACUACAACGUGCUGCGGUCGGAGAUCCUCAACGAGAUGUACGACCAGAUGUACGACGAGAUGCUCAAGCGCCAGUACCACAAGAUCCAGGGCUCGCGCUACAGCAGGAACCUCGAGGCCUCGGGAGCCAACGCCCUCCGGCGGCCGGGCGGCAAGGCCAAGGGCGCGCCGGCCGACAGGCGCAGCCGCCAGGACUCCCGCGCAAUGAAGGCCGAAGCCGCGAAGGCGCCGCCGUCCAGGUCGAGGGUCAAGGUCACUAACGCAGGUAAGACGACGACCCAGAAAGCCAAGGGGGCGCCGCAGCCGCGCACCACGACGCCUGCGCCCACGACCAGGCCAAGCAAAAGCACGACCCGACGGCAGCAGACACACGCGACUGCCAAGAGCACGACGGACGACCUUUUGACCACGACUGAAGACGUACCAACUACGACAGGAGGCCCGUGGGAGCCAGGGACGCCCUUGGACGAAGCUCUCGAGGCCACUUUGAUCCCGCCCGAGUUCAGGGACCAGCUGGAGGAGGAGCUGUGGGCCACGACGCUGGCUGAAGCAGCCACCGACGCCUCGGCCUCCUCCUCGUACUCUUCUUCCUCUUCCUCCUACUCCACGCCUGUUUCCGGGUCGGAGGUUGACAGCACUUACGCGUCGCUGGAUGAGACGACGCAAGCGCCCUCGACCAUCCGCUCGGACCUCCCUCUCGACGAACUGCUCGAGGACGACUUCAUUUCGGCGCCGCUUGACGAGGACGACCUCACGACCCUGACGCUGAGCGAGAGGAUCGACCAUGCUGCCAAGGACGACGCGGAGGGCUCCAGCUACGAGAAGGACGAGAUCGACCUUGGGAUCGAGGAAGCGCUGAGCGAAGACAGAAACGUGGCAGCCGAAUUGGCCGAAGAAGAAAUAGGGGAACUAGAAAGAGAGGGAGAAGAACAGGCGGAAGGAGAGGUGGAAGAAGAAACGAAAAUCGAUGACAAAAUCCUCGUGGUUCUGGACGACGAAGUGAUCACGACGUCGGAGUUGGAGCCCGAGAACAGGGAGCAGGUGGACGAGGGCCCGGAGGUAGGAGACGGGCCCGCGAUGGACGGCAGGACCCCGGCGCCGCCUCAGGGCAGUGGGAGGCCGACGCAGCCAGAGGCCAUGGAGGUCAGGAAGCCGCCCUUCAGAGGAAUGAACGCAUGUCCGGUGAAGGAGGAGUUCGUGGCUCCUUAUUGGGCGAACAACACGAAGGGAGAGACGCUCGCCCUUCUCAACUUCUACCCGUUCGAGCAAUACGUGCAUUGGGAGCGUUGCAAGAACGAGCACCGUCAGAUGUACUGCCGCGAAGGGUGCCGUUGUGAGCAGCAGUACCGCCUCCACAAGCUCCUCGCCUUCGACCCCAACAACGAGUGCCGAGGCAUUUUCAGUGACUGGUUCCGGUUCCCCUCCUGCUGCGUGUGCAAGUGCUACGACCUCCCUCAGGAAGUCUUCCUGGGAUCCGCCCGGAGGCCCAGGCUCAGGGAUGACGACGAUGACGACUUUUCCUACGAAGAGGAGGAAGAGUUAGAAGAUAAAGAGAUCUACGGAGAAGAGGAGGAAGAGGAGGAGGAGGAAGAGGAGGAGGAGGAGGAGGAGGAGGAGGAGGAGGACGCCCCUCGGGUCCUGGUGAACAUCCCCCCGCAGCGUCGUCCCCGCCUCCCCCCUCGCCCCCAGUCCCACAUCCCCCCUCCCAGCCGUGGCCUCCUCCCCCCGCCCCCUCCCCACGCCCAGCCCAUGCCCCCGACGGAGGCGCCGGAGGUGUCGACCCUGGGGACCGUCGACGCGGCCACGCCCCACUACUACUACAACAUCUCAGCCCACGCCCACGCCCGCUACUCGAACUCGCAGCCGCUGCCGCUGUCCAGGGUGCCGAGGACCGCGCCCGAGACCUAGAGGGCGGCGGCCGAUGCCCCGCGCAGGGCGAGGGCUCGCGGGCUCGCCCCUCCGUGGGCGGGCUUCUUCGGCGCAGGGAAAGGAGACAUGAGAGGCGGGAGAAGCGCGCCGAGAGCUAUUUGUUGUACCGUUGCCAUAUUAAACAAAUCUGUGAACUGAAACACAGACACAACGAGACGAAAAGAGAAGAAAAAAAAAUAUCCCUUUCGUUUCGAGUCCACGAUGGACUCCCUCUCAGACUGGAGAGACCAAGCUGCUGCGUCGGCGUCUGGCGCUCCCACGGCGAGGGAAUCGAAAAGCAUUUGGACCUGAAACUUAAAAGAUAUCUUUUUUUGUUUCUUCCAUAUUUUCUUGUUGUACCUAUUUUGGAUUUUUUUUCUUACCUCUUUGUUAUAUUCGUUUUCGUUGCCUGCCUUUUCUGUAGAAUGUCGUGUUUAUACUUGCUACAAAAUACCAUCUUUAGUUAGAUAUUUUCUUUAUGGAUUUAUUUUUUUUUUCAAUAAAUCUAUAGUUACAUAGUUAUCACUGGAGCUGGUAUCCACAUUAAUAUUUAUUAACAUUAUUUAUAAAAAAAAAGUUUACAAAAAAACUAUCGUUUCUUAGAAUGUUGCACUGUAGAAUGGGAGAAUUAUUAAGGAAUUAAAACUAUAUAUAAAUCAUGACAAUUAAUUUAUGAUAACCAGUCGAAUUCUUAGUUGUUGAAUUUUCUAUUUUAUUAAUCACGUGAUUCAUGUCAAUGCUGGCUAUUUACAUGAACGACAUCCAGUCUUUAGAUCUUUAAUAUAUUUUACUUAUGUAUAUUUAAAAAUUGCUAUUAAUAUUAUAUGAUAUAAUAUAAUAGUAUUGCUAUUAUUAUUAUUAUUAUUAUUAUUAUUAUUAUUAUUAUUAUUAUUAUUAUUAUUAUUAUUGUUAUUGUUAUUGUUAUUAUCGCUCUGAUAAUUAUAAUUAUUUUUACUAGUUAAUAUCGUUAUUACUAUUGUCAUUACAGUUAUUAUUAUAACUUAUUAUUAUGAAAUGAGAAAUAAGUUAAAUUGAUAUACA